CAUUGGCUUUUCAGCAGUGUCGGCGAGGCGAUCGACCGGACCCCAAGUAAUCGCAUAAGCGACUAGCCAGGCACAGAGAGCUGUUGUUAGUGGAACUGAACAUUUCGUCAGAUUUGUAGUUCCUGGUUGGUGGGUGAACAUAUUUAGAAAUAGUAUUGUACGAAUACGUUGUAAACACAACCUUUAUUGUGUCGAUUUAGUGAAGAGCUAAAGGCCAAAGCCAAGGCUGGAAGUGGAACCCACUCUCAGUCCUCCAAAGUUACACGAGCUAGUCAGCCACAUCUCGAGUUUCUUCACCUGACUGCACGGCCUAGUAUCGCGAGUUACGGGGGUUUCGUCGGGGAAGGUGGAUCGUGAAAUCUUUUCAGACAGCCGGGCCUCGCAAAGAUGGCGACAGCAGAAUUCGUGACGGGCCCAGGAACACAGUCAGCUUCGCUUUCAUUAGUUCCAUCUAUCCAUUCAAUUGUCGGACAACCUAUCAUAGAUAUUAACGGUCUAAACGGUGACUCUUGUGAUUCUAGGAAAAGACCAUUAGAAGUAGAAUUAGACGGAGGUAUGGCUACGAAGAGGACAAAUCUUGGCUCCGGCCCCGGAGGACCAAUCGAUGACAACAAGUACAUGUUGAAGAUGUUAAUCCCGAGCACAGCGGCAGGCUCCAUCAUUGGCAAAGGUGGCCAAACCAUCGCCCAACUACAGAGAGAUACAGGGACCAAUGUCAAACUCUCAAAGGCCAAUGACUUCUAUCCAGGCAGGUCUCCCUCUCAUUUGGCAUCUAUCAGCGCUUCAUUUUGCAAAAAGGGACGGGGGAAUUAGAUCUGCGAACCUGACACGGAUGAGUCAGGUCCGGUUUAAUGUCAGGAAUGUUACUACAUGUAUAAGAGCGCUGCCACACUAGGGACAGUGCCUG